GUGGCCAGACCCGGCGCUCCAAAAUAAAGUGCGUCACAUUAGGAGCCUACGGUCCUUCACAAACGGCUGUCAGUCCUACGUCCUCAAAGGCAAUUCAGAAGGCAUGGACCAUGACUCCAGCCCACCAAUGGUCUCCUCAAAAGAGAUCUACCAGACCAAAUUCGACGCCGGGACGUACUUGGGCUACUGCUAUCAGCCAGCUCAGUCCCCGGAGCAAAGCGACAACUGGCGUUUUGUGAAGUUUGUCCUGUCCCACCUGAGCCGCACCUUCUCCUCAGGCCAGUACAAGGGCCAGAGGCUGAUUGAAGUGGGGACGGGCCCCACCCUGCAUACGGUACUCAGUGCCUGCGCCCACUACCAGGAGAUUGUGCUGUCAGACUACACGGAGGUCAACCGCAGGGAGCUGGAGAAGUGGCUGCGCUCCGAGGAAGGCCACUUCGACUGGGGGGCCCACAUGCAGUUUGUCUGCGAGCUGGAGGGGACCAGGACGCCCGAGGAGAUCAGCGCCACGCUCCGGCAGAGGAUCGGCCGGGUCCUGGCGUGCGACGUGACCCUGGACAACCCCUUCCACCCCGUGGUCCUGGAGCCCGCCGACUGCGUCCUGUCCUCCCUGUGCCUGGAGGCUGCCUGCCCGGACCGGGACUCGUACCGGCGGUCCCUGGCGGCCGUGGUGGGCCACCUGCGGCCCGGGGGCGUCCUGGUGCUGAUCGGGGACCUGGGGGAGAACUACUACACCGUGGGGGAGCAGAGGUUCCCCAUCGUGUGCCUGAGCCGGGACUUCAUCGAGGAGAGCCUGACCCGGCUGGGGCUGGUGCUGCUGGACUUCGCCACGCAGGCGGCGGAGAACCGGGAGCAGAACCACAAAUGCGACUACGAGGCCUCGUUCUUCUUGGUGGCCCGCAAGAACAUGGGCCCUGCAUGACCCAUGACCCCUGUCCCUAUUUAGCUGGACCCAUAUAGACCAAUAUGUAUCACUUUGGAAGUCUAUAUUCAAACAGCUUUCUUUCUAUUAAAGGUUGGGUAUGGAAUUCUUUUUUGGCAUUUUGCAAUAAUUACUUGAAAUCCUUAUCAUAACCCACUUACACCCACUGAGUUAGAAGUACUGACAUGCAAUUAAACAAGUCAAUCAUCUGUGGAACGGGCAGGGCUCGAAAAACUCCAGCCAAUGAUUUCCAGACCCACCGAGUGGCAUUGGACAGUAAGUACGUCAAUCAAACGGUCGUACUGCACUCCCCCUCCCCCGCUCCCCGCACGACCCCUUCGUGCACGUACUCAAAGCUCGUGACCCAGAGCAAGCUUCUGUUGUUAUCCUGCGGUAGCUACUGGAGCUGAAUCUGUGUUCGGACGUGCAUGAUUGCACGUCCAUGUACUUGGAAUGGGGGGAGUCAGAAUUAGCGUUGAAGGAGAAGGGGUAGGACCAUUUGAGCUGUGUAUUUUCAAAAUCUGCUGGCGUUUCGCAAAUCCCAUACCCCACCUUUAAUAUUAUUGGGAUAUUUCAAUGUUAUUGGUUUACAUUGAUUUCUUUGUUCUAUGCCACUUCCUGACAAUUUAGAUUGUCAGGAGUCUUCAAACCUACACCUUAUAAACUUGACUAAUGACCUAUUGACCCUGGGGGCAUCUCACGUUUCCAGUGUCAUAACCCUGAAAUAAAACAGGCUAGCAUAAACAAGGUUGUUUGUCUGGUUGUA